UUUCUUAUAAUGAGUAAGGGUUUUUACAACGGAAGGGUUUUUAAUGUCCAGAUCUCUAAUAAUGAAAAGACUAUAGAAUCCAGAGGAAAAUAGGAUUAUGGGAUCAGCUAGCUGGUUAAUUGAAGGGUUAGUCGGAGAGUUAGCGCAAAAGCAUCGUUUGCUCGUUCUUAAAUAGGACGAGCUCCCCAUUUAACUAAUUGGGGAUCAACUUAAUUAUAAAUUUUUUUAGUUUAAUAUAAUAAUUUCUCCAAAUAAAUGUCAAUUACCUUCAAAUAAUUCAAAAAAUAAUAAUUCAACAAUUCUUAUUUUAAAUAAAAUGGAUUUGAAAGAAAAUUUUGAAGCAGAAUUUAAUGCAAAAUUAUUUUGUAAAAAUAAUGAAUAUAUUUUUAAAAAACAACAGCCAUUUUAUAUUUGUGAUAGAUUGGGGAAAUGGAAUCAUUGGGAAAAUAUAGGAAUUCCUUUUGAAUUUCCUUCAUGUUCUUCUACGGAAAAUGUUUUACAAGAAAUUGAGGGGAAUUUAAAUUUUAAUGGUUUUUGCUCUGAUUAUAAUGAAUAUCAAGAUGAAAUUACUCGAAGUAUUUUAAAUAUUUCUAAACAGUUUGGAGGUUUUUGUGAAAAACAAAAUUGCGAUGGCCAAUUAUUUAUUAGAACUGCUUGUUCUUUUGAAAAUGAAGAAAAAUCUACUUUUUGGAUGGAAGGAAAUUUUAAUAAAAUUCAAAAAAGAUUAAUUAAACGGGAAGAAAAUAAAAAAAUAAUUAAAAUUAAAUUUUAUUUAAAUUUAAGAAAUUUAAAAUAUUCUGUUGGCCCUAUUAUUUUAAAUUAUUUAAAGUCUUUGUUUGGAAAUAAUUUUGAGGAAGAACAAACACGCUUAAGUUGUUCUGAUAAUUUUCCUCAACUUUAUAUUGAAAAUAAGUCGAAUACAAACAUUUCUGAUCCCAAAUCCCUUCCAAUUAUUCAAUGUUCUACUUGUGCUCCAGGAGAAACUUGGAAGGAUACUGAACAGAAAUAUACAACAAUUACUACUAAAAAUUUUGACUUUAUUUUGAAUAAAAAUGUCUCAUCAGGCAAGUGUGAAAAAUGCCCUCCAAAUACUUUUAAAACAACUGAAGGAAUUCAAAAUUGUAAUCCAUGUCCAAAUGGAAGAAUAACUGGGGGUGUAUCUGGCUGUAUAUAUUUAUCUGAUUGUUAUAAAAAUUGUUCUCCUGGCUAUAUUUAUAAUUGGGAAAAUGAUAAAUGUAUUCCUUGUCCUCGUGGGCAGUUUAUGCCUUAUAGUGGAAGAUUAAAAUGUUUGGCAUGCCCAAUAGAUAGAACUACUGUUGGGGAGGGCUCAACAAAUAAAGAAGAAUGCUCAAUUAAAUGUAAAGAUGGAGAAGAAAUGGACCAAAACGAGCAAUGCCACCCAUGUAUGAAAGGAACAUUUAGGGAAGGAUUAAUGAGUGUAUGUCAACGAUGUCGAAUUGGUUUUACAACAAAAAAAGAAGGUUCUCUAAAUUCAAAAGAGUGUAACCAAAUUAAUUGUCCCCCUGGCUAUUUUACAAAUAAUAAAUUAAUUAAUGAAGAAAUUAAUUUAAAUUUUGAAUUUUUACAAAUUUGUUUGCCUUGCCCUAUUGGUUAUUAUGAGAAUGAAUAUGGCUCUAAUAAAUGUAAAAAAUGUCCAGAGGGGUAUAUAACUAAACAAUUAGGUGCUAAAAAUAUUUUUGAAUGUGAUCAAGUAUGGGAUGGAAGUUGUAAACCUGACCAGCCAGAACCUUGUCCUAAUGGAAGUGAAUGUAUACAAAUUAGAGGGGAAAUAUUUGAAUGUAGAAAAAUAUUUGUUGAAUUUUUAAAUAAUGAACAAGUAAAUUGGAUUUAA